AUGCUCGAGGUCUCGCUGUACAUGAACGAGCGCCAACAAAUGGGAUGUCUCCUUGUCGCAGAGCAAAUCCAGAGACCUGAUCUACAGGCACCUAAAUGGAAUAUCUCAAUAUACGACCGAGAGAAGUUGGCUCCUGGCUACUGGUUUAUGUCACCUUAUGAGCACAUCGAUCAGAAAAGUCCUGGCAAAGGCUGGAUAGGACCGCAUAUAUACGAUGAUGAAGGAGAGCUUAUCUGGAGCGGAGCGGAGCUGUUCGGACACAUGAGUGCUAUGGACUUCAAAGUUAGCAGUUUUCGCGAUACUAAGGUACUAUCCAUGAUCAGGCCGGAGGUUCGUGAAGCUGUACUAUUAGAUGAUGCUUUCCGUAUCGUUGAGGAUGUACCCAUCGACGGUCUCAACAUGCACGAUCUCAACUUUAUCGAUGACGGGAAACAUGCUCUGGUUAUCACGAGAGGAGUGGUGAAUGCUUCCGAGGAGCUUUCCAGAGUGACUGGUUUAGAGAAUGGCAAAUGCGAGGCCAACUUUCACGGCAUUCUUGAGCUUGACACCGCGACUUGGGAACCUGUUUGGAACUGGACGAGCUACGACCACAUCGGUUUCGACGAUACCUCUUUCAAGUACGGGCCAGCAACCGAUCGCUGCAAGCACGAAUGGGAUUUUCUUCACGCCAAUGCUGUUGACAAAUGUCCCGAUGGCGAUAUCUUGUUAUCUGCCAGACACACCGACACGAUCUAUAAGAUUUCGAAAGAGACUGGAUCGAUCGUCUGGCGCCUUGGUGGACGUAAGAAUGACUUCGAUGCGAGUAAUGUGAACUUCUCUCGACAGCACGAUGUUCGUUGCCGCUCUCAAAACGAGACACAUACUGGUAUCACCCUCAUGGACAAUGCGAAGGGAGAGGAUCCAAAGCGACCUACGAGCGCUUAUUCUCGAGGCUUGCAUAUAUCUCUGAACACUGUCAAGAUGACAGCCGAUAUCAUCUCUCACUACGAUCAUCCCGAUCAAGGCUACACGAAUCGACGAGGCUCAUAUCAACUCCUACCAAACAAUAACGUCUUCAUGGGCUACUACAAGUUCCCAUUCGUUGGACGACCUCUCGACCCACCUGACGUUCUCUCCCACGCAUUCACGCGCACAGAUGACUCUACAAUGAUGAACGUUUACGUGAGCUGGAAUGGAGCGACUGAAGUCGCAACCUGGAACCUCUACCGCACUGAUGCAACUGGACAUGCUGAAGCCACGAGUCUCAUUGCCAGCAAGACGAGGACCGGGUUUGAGACCACAAUCUCGUAUGACGGAUAUGCAAAAUUCGUGCUCAUUGAAGCGCUGGAUAAGAAUGGCAAUCUUCUAGAAAACGGUCGCUCGCAAAUCUUGACAAAUUUACCGGCUCAGAAUAUGCUUACGUCUGAGGUUGUAGCGGAGGAGUUGUGGUUACAGCAGAUUGGGGACGGGGUUCAUAUCUGGCUCUCUGAAUGA